AGAGCUUGUAAAUAAUAAUAUUAUUAUUUUAUAUGUACAAAUGCUAUUUCCAAUAAUGCAUAUUUAUCAUAAUAUAACUUGAAUUAAAGGAAAUUGAGGUUAUGUAAAAGAUUAUUAUUAUUUAUAAAUAAUAAGAAAUUGAUAAUGAUGAUGCGGUGGUAUCAACAAUUAUUUAAACAUGAUAAAUGUUUAAGAUUUUAUAUGCAAUUUAAUAAAAAAAAAUCUGUUAUUCAUUUGUGUUCUUCUAAUGAUACAAUUCACACUAUAUCUUGCAUCUACAACAAAUACAAUUAUGAAAAUGGUAAAAUAGAGACGCAAGAGAAAUUAAAGUUAAAUAAAUCCGAAUCGAAUAAAAGAAAUAAAACAACAGAAUUUAUUAAAAUUGCAAAUAUUCAAUUAAAUCAAAAAACUACAUUUUCUAAAAAAUUAGUAGAUAAUUCUCCAUCUUUAAUACAACCAUAUUUAAGACUUAUAAGACUAGAUAAACCAAUAGGGUCUUGGUUAUUAUUUUGGCCCUGUGGUUGGAGUAUAGCUAUGGCAGCAGCACCAGGUGCCCUACCAGAUUUUCAACUUUUAAGUCUUUUUGGAAUAGGAGCAUUCAUUAUGCGUGGAGCAGGAUGUAUUAUAAAUGAUAUGUGGGAUCAAGAUAUUGAUGGAAUGGUAGCCAGAACAAAAGAUAGACCAUUGGUUACUAGAGAAAUUUCACCUCUACAAUCAUUGAUUUUCCUUGGAAGCCAAUUAACUUUGGGAUUGCUUAUAUUGUUGCAAUUAAAUCUUUAUAGUAUUAUAUUGGGAGCAAGUUCACUAGUCUUAGUAAUAAUAUAUCCUGUUAUGAAAAGAAUAACAUAUUGGCCUCAAUUAAUUCUUGGGAUGACUUUUAAUUGGGGUGCACUUUUGGGUUGGUCUGCUGUGGAAGGAUCGUGUAAUUGGUCUGUAUGCUUGCCACUUUAUACUGCUGGAAUUUGUUGGACACUUUUAUAUGAUACUAUAUAUGCACAUCAGGAUAAAAUGGAUGAUGUUAUAAUAGGUAUAAAAUCAACAGCUUUAAAGUUUGGAGACAAAAGCAAAAUUUAUUUAUCUGGAUUUAGUACAGUCAUGAUAACAGGACUAAUUGCAUCAGGUAUAUUAGCUGCACAGACUUGGCCAUAUUACACAGCAGUAGGAUUAGUUGGUACUCAUCUUGUUAAUCAGAUAUAUAAUUUGAACAUCAACAAUCCUGCAGAUUGUGCCAAAAAAUUCAUCUCUAAUCACAGGAUAGGAAUGAUUCUUUUUACAGGAAUUAUUUUAGGAAAUCUUAUUAAAGUUUCUAAAAAAGAUAGCGAUAUUGUACAAGAAUCAGAAAAAAAAUCUAUUCUCAUUAAACAAGAAUAACGAUAGUUUCAUUAUAUUAUUAUAAAAAAAUUAUUAAAUAUAUAUAUUAUAAUUAUA